UUCGAGGAUAAGGACUCCUGAUCCAGCCAGAAUGGCUGUGGUACCUCUACUGUUAUUCGGGAGUUUGUGGGGCGCUGUGGGAGCAUCUGAUCUGGCUGUCGUUACAUGCGGUUCUGUGGUAAAGCUACUCAAUACGCGCCAUAACGUCCGGUUGCACUCGCAUGACGUGCGCUAUGGGUCAGGUAGUGGGCAGCAGUCAGUGACAGGUGUAACCUCUGUGGAUGACAGUAACAGUUACUGGAGAGUACGGGGGAAGACUGCCACAGUGUGUGAGAGGGGAACCCCCGUCAAAUGUGGCCAGCCCAUCCGGCUGACACAUGUCAACACUGGCAGAAACCUCCAUAGUCACCAUUUCACCUCACCUCUUUCUGGAAACCAGGAAGUGAGUGCUUUUGGUGAAGAAGGUGAAGGUGAUUAUCUGGAUGACUGGACAGUGCUCUGUAACGGGCCCUACUGGGUGAGGGAUGGUGAGGUGCGGUUCAAACACUCUUCCACCGAAGUACUGCUGUCUGUCACAGGAGAACAAUAUGGUCGACCCAUCAGUGGGCAAAAAGAGGUGCAUGGCAUGGCCCAGCCGAGUCAGAACAACUAUUGGAAAACCAUGGAAGGCAUAUUCAUGAAGCCCAGUGAGUUGCUGAAGACAGAAGUACACCAUGCAGAGCUAUGAAUCUGAAGGCACUGAUCCAGUCUCACCACACAGUGUUCAUAGACAUCUGCUGCUGCUUCACCCUGGGAUCCCAGUCACAGGUUCCCUGGGCAGUGGUCACAUCACCACUGAGAUGAAGAUGCAUGACAAAAAACUGGCUGUGUUUGAAAGCUUCAGCCCUUCCCACUUAAAUUGUUUGCUGUACCAGACUUGGGUCAGUUCUGACUGAGUACGGGACUUGCUGGUGAAGGGAUGGUUGCUUUUUAUUCAUACUGACAAAACAAAUGGAGAGGGACUCCUCCUAGCUGGGAAUUUUUUUACUCCUUGAGCUUGGCAUGAUGGAUUGUUAAUGUGUGUAACUUUUUCCCUAUUUCCUUUCCCUAAAAUGAUAAAAAAAAAAA